AUGUGGCAAAUACUUUUAGUAGGCUUCCUAAUUGGCACCGUGCGCUGCACGCUGGAUACGCCGCUCUGCCCCGAUGGUGGUGAGCCGGUAUGCGCUAGAGAUGGCAGCGAAAUUAUUUACUUCGAGAACGAGUGUAAGCUGAAUGUUUACAGUUACAAACAACUUUUUGCUGGUAAAACGAAACCCACUAGAGUAGCACUAGAGGAUUGUUUCUCCAAUUGUGGGGGCAUAAUAUGCCCAGCCAUUUACCAGCCAGUUUGCGCGCAACUAACUCCUACCGGUACUUUGAGGACGGUACCCAAUGCCUGUUUGGUAAAUCAACUGAUUUGUGAAUCGCGGCAACAAUGGAUAAUCAUUGGUAUUGGUCCUUGUCCGACGACCGCAGAACCAGCAUCUGCUUCAAGAUAUCCGUCUUAUGUUUCUGAUCCAGCGCCAGCGCCAGCCCCAGCUCCAGCACUAACUACAGAACCUUCAGUUUCUGCCAAUUACGGUGCGCCUGCUCAAGCACAGGGAUCGAGCUCAGAGCCAGACUAUUACGUAGCACCAGCACCCUCCGUUAAUCAUGCUCCAGCGUCUUACGGUAUGCCAGCUCAAACACAGGACCCAGACUAUUACGUAGCACCAGCACCAGCGCCAGCACAUUCCACUUAUCCUUCUCCAGCCGCUUACGGUGCACCAGCUCAAACACAGGGAUCGAGCUCAGAGCCCGACUAUUACGUAGCACCAGCACCUUCCGCUUAUCCUCCGGCAGCGUCUUACGGUGCGCCAGCUCAAACACAGGACCCAGACUAUUACGUAGCACCAGCACCAGCGCCCGCACCUUCCACCAAUCCUUCUCCAGCCGCUUACGGUGCACCAGCUCAAGCGCAAGGAUCUAACACCGAACCAGGAUAUUCCGCAUCAGCUCCAGCGCCGUCCCCAUCUGCUAAUCCUGCUUCUCUUCCUAUAUAUUAUAAUGCACAGACCUUAGCACGAGCACCGGGAUCGGGCUCACAGCCAAGCUAUUCCGCUGUACCAGAUCCAUCACCUGCACCUUCUGGCUCUGCUUAUUACGGUGCUCCGACACCAGCUCAGGCUGAGGGCGCGAACUCAGAGCCAGACAAUCAUGUUGCGCCAUCACCAGCGCCGACACCUUCUGCGAAUCUCUCUACUUCCUAUUAUGCUGCACCGAUGCCAGCUCAGGCACAGGAAUCAAGCUCGGAUCCGAAGUAUUACGUAGCAGCACCGGCAAUCCCUUCUGCUGAUCUAUCUGAUUCUCCAACUUAUUCCGUUUCUCCAGCCGCAACUCAGAGCCAGGGAUCAGCGUCUGAGCGUGACUAUUACGUGGCGCCAUCUGCAUCAUCUUCUGCUUAUCUCGAUCCUGCUCAGGCUUCUUACCUUGCGCCAGCGCCUGCACCGUAUUCAAGUCCAGCCGCAAACACUUGCCCUUCAGAACAAAGCUCGCCCUCCUAUGCUGCUUCUGAACUUGAUCCAGUAGCAUCUUCCUACUCAGAGUCUGAUCCUGAGUCUUAUAAAACUUCAGACCAAGUGCCAGCAGUUUAUUCAACUGCUGGGGAAAGUUCGGCUGCAUACGCAUCUCCUGAUCAAAGUAGAACUGGAAUCUCGAGGCCAUAUACAGCCAUAGACCAAGAUCCAGCAUCGAUCUCUUACCCACCUUCUCUAGCUGCAAUUCCUUCUCCAGCUUUAAAUCAGUAUCCAGCAGCCACCCCAGCAUCGUACUCAUAUCCUGCACAAGAAUUACAGCCAAAUCCAGCCCCAUACAUAUCUCCAGUGCAAAAUAGUGCACAUGACGGAGCUACUGGCCAAGAACCGGCGCCUUACGCUAACCCAACUCCAGAAUAUGCCUCUGCUUCAGACACGUACUCAGCUCAAGAGCAAGUGGCACACCAUGCUCCAGCAGCUGCACAAUAUGCAUGCCCAUCAUCGUAUCAAGCUUCAGCUAUCUCUAACACAGCCCAAAAAUAUGCUACAGAUCCAGAAGAAAACGUUUACUCCAAACCUGCUGUAGGUUCAGCACCAUCACCAUUACAGGAAUAUGCUUCAGAUCCAACAGUCGAUUCUUAUUCAGCUCCAGCACCACCUCCAACACCGAUUCUUUACUCAUCACCAUCACAGGAAUAUGCUUCAAUCCCAUCUGCAGAUACUUACUCACCUCCAGCUCCAGCCCUUUACUCAGCACCAUCAACGGAAGACGCUUCAACUUCGGAUCCUUCUCCAUCCACUUCUGACAAAGCCCCGGCGUCUUAUUCAGUAGCUGAUUAUGCGGCAGCUCCAGAAGCAAUGGCUUAUCCAAACCAAGCAAAAGGGUCCAACGCUGAAACUUAUGUGUCUCCAGACCCAAAUUACAGCGCACCAGCGUUGGUACAAUCAGCAGCCGCGCAAUCACACUAUGCGGCACCAGCACCUACUUCGGAAAUUUAUGUUAGCCCUAGCCAAGAUCUAUCAGCAGCUCCAGCUUCGUACACAUCCGCCGAAAAAUGCGUAGCACCAGCGGCGGAGCCAGCCUCUUACACAACCUCCAAUCAAGAUUCAUCAUCACACACAUACUCAGACUCACAAUCGCAGACGCCAAGUACAGAACUGGGUAUUUACUCAGCUCCUGCGCACGACCCAUCCGCAGCUUCAAAUCAAUAUGCAGGAUCGUCUCAACAAAAUACUUACACUUCCUCGCCAGCGUGCCUAACAGCAGCACCAGCACAUCCAGCGGCUCAAAUCGGUUUACAAGAAGAACUUCCAUACAUUUCCGAAGUGAAGGCACCCGGCCUCACUGCUCUGAUUGGAAAAUGGAUUGACAAUAGGCAGACAAAUGUAGGCAGUGGUUCACAAUAUCUUACGCCCUUGUACUAUCAGCCAACUUAUAUGGUUAUCGAAUAUCAU